CCGUAAGAAGCGGGAUCUCCGCCAAGGUCCGGCUGGACCCGCCCCUCCAGGCCCCGCCCUCUCCAGGGCCCGCCCACAGGCGGUGCUCAGACAAGCCCCGCCCCCUGGGCGGGCAUUUCCGGGCUACGGAAAUCCGGGUGCAGGCCGCCGCUGCCCCGCCUUGGCUUCGCCGGGGCACAGCAGGCCACAUGAGCGCGGCGCCCCUGGUGGGCUACAGCAGCAGCGGUUCGGAGGAAGAGGCUGAGGCUGCGGCCCGGCCCCGGCCCAGGACGGGAGGCAGCAGUCGUGACCACAGCCCCCUUACCAGCCAGAGGCUGCCUGUACCAGACAGUGUGUUGCGCAUGUUCCUAGGCACCGAGGAGGAGCCUGAGGAUGACAGUGAAAAGCAUGGGGGCCGGCUGCGCACCUUCCCUCAUGAGCGGGGUAACUGGGCAACUCACGUCUAUGUGCCCUAUGAAGCCAGGGAGGAGUUCCUGGAGCUGCUUGACAUGUUGCUGCCACAUGCACAGACAUAUGUGCCCCGGCUGGUCAGGAUGGAAGCCUUCCACCUCAGCCUGUCCCAGAGUGUGGUUCUGCGCCAUCACUGGAUCCUCCCCUUUGUACAGACCCUGAAAGACCGCAUGGCCUCCUUCCAGAGGUUCUUCUUUACAGCUAACCGAGUGAAAAUUUAUACCAAUCAAGAGAAAACCAGGACCUUUGUUGGACUGGAAGUCACCUCAGGACAUGCUCAGUUCCUGGACCUGGUGUCAGAGGUAGACAGAGUCAUGGAGGAAUUCGACCUCACCACUUUCUACCAGGACCCCUCCUUCCACAUCAGUCUGGCCUGGUGCGUGGGCGACGCACGUCUACAGCUAGAAGCUCAGUGUCUGCAGGAACUCCAGGAACUCGUGGAUGAGUUUGAAGAUUCAGAGCUGCUGCUGCGUGUGCUGGCCCAGCAGGUCCGCUGCAAGUCUGGAAACAAGUUCUUUUCAGUGCCUUUGAAAUGAGCACCAGCGCCCUCCCCCACCUGUCCCAAGACCUUCCACCUUCCGCAGGCCACACAGAGAUUGGGGGGGGGGGGGUGUCAUGCCAAUGGAGGGGUUGUUCGCAAUGGGAGUCCCCCAGGGAGUGCAGCCCAUGCUGGGCUCCCCUGGGACUGGUUCUGUCUCCUGGCCCUUCUGAGAGGGUUCUGUGCUAUACUGUUUUGGUCACUCCCAGAAAUCACCAAAUCACCAGUAGAGGGCAGCCUGGACUUACUAGUUUUUGCUCAAUGAUUGUUAAAGCAAAGAAAAGGGGGGGGGGAAGGAAUCACCUGGUGAGCCCAGCCAUGCUCAGUCAGAUACCACUAACCCACCCCACCCCAUCCCCACCCCCCUAGUCUCACCAAUGGCUGGUUUCUCCCUCCCACUACCAGGACUGCUGUUUACAUUUUAAUGCCAUUGGCCUCAGACCAGGGUUUGGGGUUUUUUUGUUUGUGUGUUUGGGGAGGUUGUGUUUGUUUUUGCUUAUUUUCAUGAGAGAGAUACAGAGAGAUACCAAAGCACUGCUCAGCUCUGAUUAAUAGUGGUGCUGGAGAUUGAGCCUGGGACCUCAGAGCCUCAGGCAUGACAGCAGUUUACAUAAAUGUUAUGCCGUCUCCCCACCCCAACCAGGGUUUUCUGUUUGUUUGCUUGCUUGUUUGUUUUUAAUUUUGUUAUUAAUAGUUUGUUAUAAGACUGUAAGUUUACAAGGUACAGCUCCACACCACACCCACCACCAGAGUUCUGUGUCCCCAACCUCCCACCUCCCAAAGAUCACCACUAAAGUUCUCACAGAUCUUACAGUUGGCUUGCUUCUGGUGUUUUGUUUGUUUUGUUUUGUUUGGCAAGUUCAUAUAAAUCAGAUCUCUAGAUUCCACAAAUGAGUGAAACCAUCUGAUAGCUGUUUUUCAUCUCUUAUUUCACUAGGCAUAAUUACCUCCGGUUUCAUCCAUUUUGUCCCAAAGGACACAAUAUCUUCUUUUUUGAGUGCAGAAUAAUAUUCCAUAGAAUAUAUAUCUCGUGCGGGGGUAGAUAGGAUAAUGGCUAUGCAAACAGACUCUCAUGCCUGAGGCUCCAUCAAGUCCCAGGUUCAAUCCCCCAUACCACCAUAAGCCAGAGCUGAACAGUGCUCUGGUAAAAAAAAAAAAAAAAAGAAUAUAUAUCUUAUUAUUUUUUAGUCAGUCAUCUGUUAAUGGGCAUUUAGGCUGCUACCACUCUUUGGCUAUUGUGAAUAAUGCAGCUAUGAACAUAGGGGUGCAUAUGUCCCUUCUAAUCAGUGUUUGAGUGUCCGCUGGAUAAAUGCCUAAGAGUGGUAUUGCUGGAUCAUAAGGUAAUUCCAUUUUUAUUUGUUUAAGGACUGUCUAUACAGUCUUCCAAAGGGGCUGUACCAGUUUGCAUUUCCACCAACAGUGUAGCAGAGUUCCCUUCUCUCUACAACCUCUCCAACACCUGUCCUUUCCUCCAACCAGAGUUUUUGUUUUGUUUGUUUUUAAAUCACUCUGUCCAGGCCCUUCUCUGCUCCAGCCAGGACUGAGGGUGCUUCAGUGGGCCUAUCACAGUCCUUCCUCUAACCCUGUAGCUUUUAUUUACUUACAUUUCCCUCUCUCCCUUUGGUGCCACUGAAGGCCACUUGAGGGCCAAGGUACAGGGUACUAAUUUGUGGUUGGGCAUCCAUUCUCUCCAUUUCUUCCUCCCACUUGCCCCUAGCCAGGUGCCAGGGGAACCCUGAGCAGAUGUUGCAUUUUGGCUGGUGGCUUUAAGCCAGGCCUUCAACGCUGUGACCUCUGGCUCCCCAGUGGCUUGCCAGAAGUGCUUCCUGCCAUGCUGCUGGUUCUCUGAGGGGUGGAGGACAGGGGCGGGGGGGCUUAAUUCUUCACCAGCCUCUCAGCAGAGAUAGAACCAAUCCUUUCCAGCUGUCAUCUGAAAUUCUAGGGGUGGGUGAAGAGUUUGUUUGUUUUAUGUUCCCUUUUUUUGUUGCCUUUGUUGUUUUUUUAUUGUUGUAGUUAUUGUUAUUGAUGUCAUCAUUGUUAGGUAGGACAGAGAAAUAGACAUCUAUAGACCUGCUUCACCACCUGUGAAGCGACUCCCGAGUCUGCGGGGGGGGGGGGGGGGGGGGGCUGGAACCUGGAUCCUUACACCAGUCCUUGCGUUUUGUGCCAUGUGUGCCUAACCCACUGUGCUACAGCCCGACUCCUGGGUGAAGAGUAUUUUUCAUUUUUGAUCUUUAACAAUUAAAAACUUUAUUUUGGA